AGCCUCCGCCCCCGCGUCCGCCUCCGACGCCGCCGCGGACGGGUCGACGACGAUGAACCCGCGCGAGGUGGCGCGUGCCGAGUUCUACGGCACGUACGACCCGAUGACGGGCAUCCGCAUCGCGGGCACGCUGGGCGGCUUCUUCAGCCUGAUGGUGCUGCUGGUGGUGUACAAGAGCCGGUGCAAGGGCGGCAGCUCGCGCUGCAGCCUGGCGGGCGACCCGGCCGUGCAGCGCGCCUGGGCGGAGCGGCUGCAGCGCGAGGCCGACGCCGCCGAGGAGGCGGAGGACCGCAGCCGCCGCGAGCAGCUCGCCAAGCUGUACGCCGCCGCCGCCGCGGAGCGCCUCUCCCACCGCUCGUCGGGCAGCACGCGCCGUUCGUCGCGGGGCACGGGGACGCCGCGCCACCUGUCGAGCGCGGCCUCCUCGCGCCUCGGCCUGGGCCUCAACCCCGGGGAGGCGUCCGGCGGCAGCCGGCACUGCGGCCUGCAGAUGGCCGCGGCCCCGAUGGGGGCGGCGGGGGCGGACGCGGACGCGGACGCGGAGGGCGCGCCCGCCGCGGCCGGCCUGCAGCUGCUGUCGGUGCCGGGCUGGUCGCGCCGCCUCAGCUCCGUCACGUGCUCCUCGUCCGACACGUCCUACCUGGAGCGGCGAGGCUCCGCCGUCGAGUGCGGGCUGCCCGCGCCGCCCCCGGGCGCCUUCCGCCGCCUGCGGCCGCCGCUGCUGCCGCGCUGCGACGACGUGCGCGACUGGGACUUCUACUACCCCAUCGACAUACAGGUGAUCCAGCCGACGCCGGACGCGUCGCCGUGCGGCAGCGAGCGCACGCUGUACGCGGCGGUGCUGCCGCAGGCGCAGCUGCUGCCCGGCGCCGCCAGCGCGCGGCCGUCGCUGAGCAGGCCCGCCUCCCCCGCCGCCUCCGCGUCGCUGUCGCCGCCGGCGCCGCCCCCCAGGCUCGCGCCGCUCGCCUCCAUCAGCUCCUGCGCAGCUUCGCUGCGCACCGACGACUGCGCCUCCGUCGGCUCCGACUCUGUCUUCCUCGACGACGAUGACGUGCUGGACACCGAGGACGAGGUGGAAGGGUUCUCAACAGACAGCGAUGAAGGUGAUGGUAGCAACCGUGUACGUCACUUCCUGCAAGUGCCACCUACUGUGCGGACGUUCACCCCUACGAAACGCUGGAGUGACGGAGCUGCUUCUUACUACCGGCCACGGAGGUUGCUGCCACGCCAGGCAGCUAUAACCUCACAGCUGUCAGUAUCGACAGAAGACACAGCAGCAGCUGCAGAAGUGGAGCGAGUUGCUCGGCGACCGCCCUGUCCAUUGCCACCGGAUGCCCGUCAUUCCUCAAGCAGCUCUAGUGGGAGCCCCACACUUAAAGAGACACGCUUCUAAACAUCCACUGCAAACUUUGUGGUUAACAAAUGCCCAUGAUAGCGGUGAAGACAGCAACGUGUUCCUCACUGAGUAAAAUUACAGAGCCACUAUGCAGGACCUGUCAGAAUUUUUGAAAACAUUCAGCUGCAACAGGCUAAAGUGUGUGCUUCAAAAGGACUAAUACUGGUAAUUAAUGUAAAUGAAGGGAGCCCAAGUGGAACCAAUUUAAACUCUGCCGUAUCUCAGGAGCCCACAUACAACAAGAAUGAACAGACAGACUUAUAGAUGUAUUAAUAUUAGCUGGGUAAAACCAAUCAGUUAAUUCUGUACUGGCAACAGCACAUUACAAAUAAAACUGUUGAGCAUGGUACUCAGCAGUUUCUCCAAACAUAUGAGUUUUUUUUUCUCAUCAAUAGUAUGGAAUUCAAUAAAGUUAUGGAGCUACUACAAGGUGUCCACAAAUCACAGUAGUAAAACAAUAUUGCUGUCCAGUUUCUGUACGUGACUGAUGUAGUGAACAUAUGUUAGGCCUUUCAGUCUUUGUUUAGUGCCCUAGGAGCUAAAUAAAUAUGGAAAACUGUUAGAACCACCUGUGUAACAUACCAAAUUAGCAUGGUACAAUGUCAUUGGUGACUUAUGUCAAAUUGAGGUGGAAAUGGAAGAUGUGCAAUGAUUUCUAAAGAACUAAAUAACUGCAGUCAGAUAACAAUUGUUAAUGUCCAAAAGACCCUAAUGCUCAGGUGAGACCAGUACGAGUUUUGUGUAUUACAGCCAGUUGAUAGGAUGUUGACCCACUCUUAGUAUUGUCGGAUGCCUAAUGGUAGUCAUGUAUGGAAACCAGAAAAUGUUGGUAUACUUCCUGUGAAACAUCAGGACUUCAGGACUCCUGCAUUGUGGCAACUCUGUACAGGGCUGAAUGCUGUAUUGUGUCUGAUUAUCCACAUCAGUGCAUAUAUGCUAUGAUGGUUGUCAGACACUGUUUUCUAACAUUAUGAAUUUCUCUGGGCAAUUGUAGUUCCAUACAUCUCCCAUUUCUUAACUUUUCAAAUACAUGACAUAGAUAGACCUAAGAAAAAUUGCAGUCUGUGUAUAGAGAGUAUGCACAUUUUUCUAUGCUUUUAUGUGUAAGUUAGUGUGUGAGUGCCACAGGUAUCCUAUACAAUGCUUAACCAUUACAGUGUAUAUGGAUAUUCACACUGUGCCUUGUCUUGUAUGUGCUUUUCAGAAUCAACAAGCUCAUGGGAGAACAGUGCAGCUAACGAAAACAGUCACUUUAUGUGAAAGUACGCUAUUACCAUUACUGUCUCAAAGUUUCCCUAUCAUGAAGCUGUAUUCAUUUUUCAUUUUGCCAAUGCUGGUUGCUGGUAAAUGUGUACAUGUACUACAAACUUUCAUAUGUUUGACGAAAUCCUAGGUUACACAAAAUCAUAAAUUUCAGUUCAUGGUGAUGAAAUCUUGAUAAAUAUUAUUUAAAGAAAGAGUCAAGCUACACACACAGAUAUGAGUCUUAUGCAACUUACUCUUCUUCAGAUCAUAUAGUAAUCUUGUACAUUACAUUACUGAUAAAAAGUAACAAGCGGCCUCACAAACUACAUAUUCACUCUAAGCAUCCCACAUUAAGGAGACAUCAUAAUUUCUAUCAGUAGUUACAACAGUCAGCAUACUGUUUGCAACUGUUAUGUCAGAUGUAAUUCUAGAUGGUUCUUCAGCCUCUGACAUACUGUGACUCAGAAUCAAUGGCAGGGGAGAAUAUCUUCACAAUUGUAGACAAGUUCUUCUGCAGAAUUUCUGUAAAUUUAUUUUUACAUUACAAAGGUAACAAAUGAAAUAUUUGUUGGAAAUGACAGGAGAUGCUAUGAGGUGAUAAUUGAAUUAAUCACUACAUAUGUGGUUCUUAGUAUGAGUAGCUGAAGUUCACUAGGAUCCAGUACACCAAAUAUAAAUCUCAUUUAUACAAGAGUUGUUUGCACAGUCAGUGCUAUUUCUGUAUGACCCAGACAAACCGAAUUAUAUGAGCUUCAGUUGUAGUGGCCUUCCAGAUAAUUACCAUAAAAGAUAUGGUGCUCCUAAUAAUUCAAGUAUAACAAAUGUAUGUGGUGGCAAUGUUCCAGAUAAAUAUUUCUGUGCUGAUGUCAUACAGGGCAAGUACAUGGAACAAAUUAUUUUUCCUGUGUGUGUAUGUGUGUGUGUGUGUGUGUGUGUGUGUGUGUGUGCAAGUAGCACAAUUAUAAGUGCUGUUUCUCUCUAUAUUAUAAUUUUUGUUUUCUCACCAAUGUACAAUCAGAUAAAUAUGGACCCUGUGGAAAACCGGACCAGCAAUUAAAAUCUUCCAACAGUAGUGAAAAAUGGUGAUGAAAGAGAAAGAUAAAGGUUAAAUAACAAUGCAAAAUGUAGCAAUCAGAAUAUUUUUCUGGCAUAUUUUUUUCCUUGUUACUAUGUUGCAUGUGUCACAAGUUACAUGAAUGUCUGAGAAAGUAAUUCCAGUUCACAUCA